AUGGAUUUCACAUACAAGAAGUUUGAAACUUACUGCGACUUCUACGAUUCGAUUCUUAUUACGCAGGGCACAAUGAGCUACGAUGAUCCGGAAAGAAAAGGUGGAUUCAGGGCAUGCAUGUUUGUCUUCGUAUUGGCAAUGUUGGAGAACAUUGGAUUCGUAGCGAACAUGUCGACCAUGGUUCUUUACUUCCACUUGUUUUUCAACCUGUCAGUGGCAGCCAACACACUCACCAACUUCUUAGGUUCGACGUUCUUGCUCACUGUUCUCGGAGGCUUCAUCUCCGACAACUACUUGAGCCGGCUACACACCUGCCUCAUUUUCGGAUUUCUCGAAAUCACAGUAAACCUCCUUCUCGUUUCCCAUCGUUUCUUCUGA